CCCUUGAAGAACGUCAAAAGCUUGAUCAGCAAAUAGAGUCCUUGAUGCAACAACUACAAACAUCUGGUCGUAAUGGAAAUAAAACUGCCUCGCAUCUUGCUGAAUUGAACGCGAAGAUAUUAUCACUUGAAAAUGAAAUUUCUCAAGCAAAACAAAAAGCUAAAGAAGAUACUUCCGAAAUUAUAAAACUCAGUGAAAUAAAUGAAAAACUUGAAAAAGAACUUAAUGGAUCACAAAAUACUGGGGAUGAUCCAACACAAGUUAAAUUGUUCCGACAAGAAGCCACAAUUGCUCAACAAAAUAAUCUUAUUAAAAGCCUUCAAGAGAAAAUUAGUGAACUCGAAAGACAAACGGAAGAAAAUUCAGGUCGUCCCAUUACACCUAAUUCCGCAGACUUCGAUGCAGUCGGUGGAUAUCGUACAAAUACUUCGAAUAAUUCCGUAGAUUUAAGAAAAAGUGCAGUUCGUUCAUUGCC